GUAAACUAUAGGUUUUUUGGAAUUAUAUUUCAUUGAUUAUAUGUACAAAUGUUAGCGGAGGCGAAGCGAGCCGUAAUUAUUGUGGAGUAAUGGUAAUUACAUGUGACGUACCUGUGAAAUAUAUAUAGGACAAAAAUACAGCCAAAAAUAGGUCACACUGUUUCGGGACCUGACAUAAACAAGUGGCUUGUAAUCUUUUAGGCAUAUCAGGGAUUAUAUAGCAGACGUGACAUUGAAUUAUGUGGCUAUAUACAGUAACCUUAUUUAUAAUCCUACCUGCAUGUACAUAUGGAACAUACAGUGUGGAUGAUGCUCAUGUAUGUUAUACAUUUAUAAGUAAAACAGUAAGUAAACAGAUUACUGUCGAGAUACCAGAUAAACAAUGUACACAUUACUGGUGUUGGCAAAGUAUAAGAUGUGAAAGAUGUUAUACAACAUAUAGAAAAUCGUAUAGACAAAUAUUUGUACAACAGUUUGAUAAAGUAGCAGAAUGCUGUUCAGGUUAUGCAAAUGUUUCAAACAAAUGUAUUCCUGUUUGUGAUCCAGCCUGCAGUCAUGGUUCAUGCGUCUCACCCAAUAUAUGUCACUGUCAGGCCGGAUGGCGAGGCCCUGCUUGUACAUCCAACUGUAAGAAGGGUACGUGGGGUGAGAAUUGCAAAGAAUUAUGUGAUUGUACUGGAAAAGGUGUAUGUGAUAUAACAUCAGGUUAUUGUGUAUGUGCUCCAGGUUAUACCGGUGAAAGAUGCCAAACAGUAUGUCCGACUGGUACAUAUGGCCGAAACUGUCAAUAUCAUUGCGCAUGUCACAAUGGUGCCACCUGUGAUCACGUGAACGGCGCGUGCCAUUGUCCUUCAGGAUAUACAGGACCGUUAUGUGAACAAUCAUGUCCACCAAAUACACAUGGCAGUGGGUGCUCCCAAGAUUGUAGAUGUCAAAAUGGCGCGUCUUGUGAUAGUAUUACGGGACAGUGUUACUGUACUGAAGGCUGGACUGGUAAGAUAUGUAAUGUACCAUGUGGUAAAGGAUAUUACGGUCAAGAUUGUAAAGUAAGAUGCCCAUGCAGUAAUAAUAUUGAUAGCUGUGAUAGGUUUAAUGGAACUUGCGAUUGUUCAGCAGGUUAUAACGGAACAAGCUGCGAUAUACAGUGUAUGCAAGGUUAUUAUGGUAAAAAUUGUAGAAGUAAAUGUGAUUGUGGUAGUAAUGCUAAUUGUUUACCAGAAAAUGGUCAAUGUUUAUGUCCUACCGGUUAUAAUGGUGACAAAUGUCAAAUUAGAAUUUGUUCAAGAGAACGAUAUGGUGCAGGCUGCAACUAUUUGUGUGACUGUAUAUGGUCUAACACCGAUUCAUGUCAUGGUGGAACGGGCGAAUGUUUGUGUAAAGACGGGUGGAAUGGUAGAUCAUGUGACAAAGAAUGUCCCGUACCGUAUUAUGGUCCAAAAUGUUCAAAGAUCUGUGAUUGUACUGGUGCGACAUGUGAUCACGUGACAGGGGUCUGUAAAUGUCCACCGGGCACAAAGGGAGUUAAAUGUGAAAUUACAUGUCCACCUGGAUCGUUUGGUUUAGGAUGUUUACAACAAUGUCAGUGUAAGAAUUUUGCCAACUGUGAUGUUAUUAGUGGAUUUUGCACUUGCCGGCCAGGUUGGCAAGGUUUGCUGUGUAAUGAACACUGUCCACCAAAUAAAUUUGGCGUUAACUGUACAGGAUUAUGUACAUGUGAGAAUAAUGCUGAGUGCCAUCCUUCAGACGGUUCUUGUAUAUGUACACGAGGUUAUGAAGGAAAAACUUGCGGUCAAAAGUGUAAUAACAACAUGUAUGGCUUUGGCUGUCGUCAAACUUGUAACUGCAACAUGGCUAACACGAUAAGUUGUAAUCACGUGACAGGUGAAUGUACGUGUAAAUAUGGAUUUGAAGGCGAGACAUGCAAUGGUGGUUGUCAAGAUGGAUUUUGGGGUCCUAACUGCGAUACCAGUUGUGCGUGUAAUGGCAAAGGAACCUGUCGAUCUACUGAUGGUGUCUGUGAUUGUGCUUCAGGGUGGACUGGCAACAAUUGUAGUGAAUUAUGCCCAAAGGGUAAAUAUGGUAAGCGAUGUGAACAGACAUGUAAUUGUGGUGGAUCAGCAGAAUGUAAUGGUUUUACUGGUCAGUGUAAAUGCCCACCUGGUUAUAGAGGUAUCAGAUGUGAUGAAGUCUGUCCACCAGGGACCUUUGGUGACCGAUGUCAACAAAUUUGUCAAAAAUGCGACAGAGGAUCAUGUGAUCACGUCACUGGUAAAUGUCUCUGUUAUCCAGGUCAUAGAGGACAGUUGUGCGAUAUACAAUGUGCUCAAGGUACAUAUGGCAAUGAAUGUGCUUUGAACUGUUCAUGUCAGAAUGAUGGUGUAUGUCGAACAACUGAUGGUAUCUGUGAUUGUCCUGCUGGGUUUAAUGGUGUCGAAUGUGAACGAAGGUGUUAUGGUGGUUACUAUGGGGCUAAUUGUAGAUUACGAUGUCAGUGUACUGCUAGCCAGUACUGUGAUGAUGUAUCCGGAUGUCUUGAAAAAAGUAUUAAUAAUGAACAGGUAGCAAAUAAUGACGAACCUCAAGUUAAAGAUGACACAAAUAAAGAAAGCGUAACGCCAUCAGAGUUUAGUCCAACGUUAGGCAUAGUGGUUGGUAUUGCUGCCCUUCUUCUUCUUGUUAUCAUCAUCAUCGUAGCCAUAUUUCUUAGAAGGAUGAAGAGAAUGAAACGAGAUACUAUGAUGGCGAUCUAUAAUACCAGACAGAAUGUUAUACCAGAACCACGUGUAGCAGUUGCAUCUGGGAUUGAUAAUCCAAUGUACACUACUCCAUCGGCAGUAUUGUCGCCUGCCAGAACCCAGAUUCCACAAACAGCUGUUAACCCCGUAGCGAAACUUAACAACAUAGAACGGGCUAAUAGUCAGACUGCAGCAACAGCAUCAACAUCUGCGAAUCGUUGUGCUGCCGAAGAUUACUAUACUAACGCUAAAAACAUCAGUGAUGAUGAUAGCGAUGAUGACAAGCCAACACCUCCACCAACGGCUAAUGGCAGUGAUUAUAACUCAAAGGUGGAUGAUAAAAACUUAUUUUUUGCUGGUGCUAAACCUAAUGGAAAUGUUACUUCAGUUAAUACUGAAACAACAGAUUCAAACCCAUAUGAAUCUAUUCCCAAUUAAACCAUGGCCAGCCAACCUCCUUUCAGAUCUGCAUAUCAUCCCUGUGCUAAUAUAUUUGAUUUGAUUUUUUUGUUUUGCAAUAUGAUCGUGUUUUGUGCAACUAUAAAAUGAAAUGUCUGCAUGUAUAUAAUAUUUGUAUAUAUUGUUUAUACUUAAAUUCUGCGUUUUUUAAAGAGACAUCAUGCCCCAUGACAAUAAACAAAAAUUGGGUAUUUAGACUACCGACAAACAUGUGUGGUAAUUUAGCAGACCAUGCGGUCUAACAACCGAGCAUCACAUAAAAGAGAAAAAAAUCUAAUAUAAAUACGACAUAAUUAAUGGGGGUGGGGGGGGGGGGGGGUACUGAAUAACAAAAGAUGGAUAUAAUAAGGGUUGGUUAAACCUUAGAGAUGCAUAAAGAUGCUUUCAUGAAAUCGACCUCAGUUCUGCAAACUUCAAAUAGCCAUUACAUGUACUUACUUUAGGAUUGAUCGAUUUUAAUAAUUUUUAAAACAAUGUUUUUUGAUUGUGUGUGAUCUUUAACACUAUAUUGACUGUUUUCGUGGUGUGUUGUAUCUUUAAACAAUUAUCCUGAUAAGAUAACAAUAAAUGGUCUGACUAAUAUCGUUGAAAACUUUCGUCUUACUAAAAUCACAGAGCUAACUCUAAUUUGCAUAAUAAUGUGCCAGUACACUACACGUAUUAUAAUAUUAGUUAGAAACGAAUGUCUUCCAUAUUAUAAAAGUAUUAAUAUUCACUGUUGUAAUUCAUGUUUUGCUUUACAUUCGUCCAUUUAUUUUUGUGUUGAGUACUUAUACAAACAGUUCUUUAUAAUAAAAACGUUAAAAAACCGGA